GUGCAGCCUAGAAGCUAAAAAGGUACAUGUGACAAAGACUUUAGGGACUGACCUCACCUCCAAAUCCAUCUGCUUAUAGAGACUGAUCCCUAACUUAUAUUGUUUCGAGACCGCUCCUCUAAAUCCACGCUUCUCUCCCGACACUCCAUCUUCUUAAUACAUACCGACCAGCGUAUCGUAGCAUAAUCCGAAACGACAAUCCGAAUUCUUCUAUCGUCUCGUCGCAUUUACCCCGCGUACUCGCAGUUUCCUAUCAAUCUGUAAUCAUCAUGAAGCUGCAUUACAUCGGUAUCAUUCAGAACGAGGCUAAGCCGGGUGUCGAGAUAUGCUCUGAGAAGGAGUUAAGCGCCUACUCGCGCUUCACACGUGCCAACUAUGGCGAAUUCAUGACCAUGUUCGCGAAGACGGUAGCCGAACGAACGAGGCCGGGACAACGACAGGAUGUUGAAGAACAAGACUACACAUUCCACGCAUACGGACGCACAGAAGGCAUCUGCGGGAUCAUCAUCUCCGACCACCAAUACCCAGCUCUAGUAGCGCACCAGCUCCUCUCCAAAGUCGUCGAUGAAUUCCUCGCAGCACACCCUCGCUCAUCAUGGGCGUCGGGACAGACAGUCACCAUGCCGGAGUUGAAAGACUACUUGGCUAAAUACCAGGACCCGCACCAAGCCGACAGCAUCCUCAAGAUCCAGCGCGAGCUCGACGAGACUAAGAUCACCCUCCACAAGACCAUCGAGUCCGUUCUCCAGCGCGGUGAGAAGAUCGACGACCUCGUUGCCAAGAGUGAUGGUCUUUCCAACCAGAGCAAGAUGUUCUACCAACAAGCGAAAAAGCAGAACUCAUGCUGCAUCCUCAUGUAAACUCGUACCUAUCAUUACAUUGCAUCGACAGCAGGAACAGAAAUUGGUUGAUUGAUAAGCUUCAAGUAAUCCCCGUUUCAGCGUAGCGGUGAGAAAACUUGCAGCAGCAAAGUUGGACUGGUUGGAGGCUAGGCUAUCUAAUGUGAAUGGCCAUUUUAUUUUCGUUUUUAUCCAUCUAUAUCCACGGGCGUAUCAUUAUCAUCCAUUGAUCGCCCCAAAUAACCCAUAGGGAGACUGAGCGGUUCGAGUCAUUCGUUGGUAAAUCGGAGGAUGCAUUACUGUCGACGUAGAGAGUGAAAUGAUGAAUUGGAAGGGGAAGUUUUAACGCAGACACGGCUACUACAUAGACGAACCCGAAAUACACGGGCUGGAAUAAUAUGAAUGAUCACACAUAUAUACUCAUACACGUCGAUUUAAACACUCAAUAUUUAUAGGGGUAGAAGUGGUUUGUAUUUAACCACCGAGGACUAGGUAUCUAGAUUUAGAGGA